UCUGGCGAGUUGGGAAGCGGCAUGGAUGGAUGGAUGGAUGGACAGAGAGGGACACUGAUGUACACAUGCAGUGCACCCACAUGAUGUGAGAUGCUGAAAUCGUGCUCGCGGGCAGAGACCUCCACAAAUAUGUACCUUCCUCCCCUCACACCCUGACACCCACGACCCACCCGCCCGCCCGCCUUGUCUGUUCACCCUUGUGUGUGCAGCAGCAAGCGCGAGUUGAUGUCCUGCACACCAGCAGCACACCACAGCACAGCAAAACCACAGACACACAUUGCCACCUUUGACACGUUUCCUUCCCGCCCACUCUCUGACCCUCAGUUUCUGCAGCAGUGCUGCCUGCGGCAGCUGGUAUGUCUCGGCUGCAGCGUUGCGCACGAAGCCGCCCAGGACGAGCAGCUCGAUGGCUGUCGGGUGCCGCCCCACGGCUGCCAUGAACCGCUCGUUGGCCAUCCUGACGCUCCGGUACUUGUCGUCGGUGGCGUGGGCCAAGACGUUGGUGAACAGACGAGACACCGUCCUGCAGGAGGUUGGUAAAUGGUGAAGUGAAAGAAACAAGGGCAGGGAGAGAGAGGUGAUGGGAGAGGGUAGGGGUUGGAUUGGGCUGGGUGUGGGGCUGAUAUACCUGAUACACUCUUGGUAUUCGUCUGGCGGCAGGGAGCUCUUGAGACGCAAUAUCAUGUCAUCCACCUGUACACACCGAAACAAACUUCAGGCAAUGUGCCCACUCUCUCUCUCUCUCCUUCUGUGUGUGUGUGUGUGUGUGACCUUUGAGUAGAGCCCCGCUGCCCCGCUGGACAUGUCGGUGCCCAGCGACGACUGAUGGUUCAGCGGAGGCGUACCAUUCGGCCCUGCACACACAACACACACCACCCAUCAUGCCUGUGGGGGCGCGAAGCCAUUUGCCCACUGACAUCGAUUGACGUCGUGCGUACUUGUGACGGCCUGUGUUGCUGCUCUUGGAGUGGAGUCCUGUGUGUGUGAUGGUGGUGGUGGUGGUGGUGGCAGCUGCAGGGACGAGCCGGGCGGAGGUUGCGCUGUUUCGGGGGCAGGGGUGACCGUGCCUGCACAGAGAACAGCACAACACAACACAGCACAGAGGCGCAUUGACGAACAGGAAACCGCACAAUGCCGUGCAGUGCAGCAUCCAUUCAUUACUUACCUUGGGUGAGUUGCGCCUGUGCGUCUCUCUGCAGCUGCGGGGCCACCAUCUUGGGCCGCGUGGCCAGGCCAUGGCCACCUUGCUUGACGGCCUCCUCCAGUCGUGUCAGUGUGGAGGUGACGUAACUGUCGAACUGCACCGAGCCGCGCUUGCGCUUGACGUGUGCCAUGGCCGCGGACACCGACGUGCCCUGCUCUACCAUGAACCACACUACCACUGCGCGGCACAUGACACAGACAGACAGACAGACAGGCGUUGAGUGUGCCCGUGUGUUUGCGGUUUUGUGUGUGUGUGUGUGUGUGUGUGCACCAGCGGCGCUGUGGACAUCUCCUGAGUGGUCGUACACGAGCACGGCACGGUUCCUCUGCUGUGACGAACGAACCACACGGGCCGCCUGGUGGGUGAUUGGAUUGACACAACCAACACACAUGGCCCCGUGGGCCCCCACGGGCUCUCCUGCGAUGUGUGCGUGCACCGCAGCCACCUACUCACUCACCCACCUCAUCGUAGGGCAGCUCAGCCUUGUCAUAACACGAUAAAUGGACCACACGAGGCCUACACCCACACCGACAAAACACACACAUUCAUUCAUUCAUUCAUCUAGGUGGUCGGGUCGGUGAGGCCGUACACCCACCACACUCACUUUCUGUCGAGUGGGCAUGGCCGUUGCGUGAGGUUGACGACCGUCCUGACCCGCAGCAGCCGGACCGACUGCGGGCUGUUCUUCAACACACCCUCGCCACACACAUACAAGGCAAACCCACGACCACUCUGUCCCCACACACAGAGACAUCCAUCCAUACAUCCAUCCACCCACCCAUCCAUCCAUCGGGCACCCACCCAGCCACCAUCUGUCUGUCUGUCUUUCAUCGUGUGUCUGGUCACCCUCUUGGGUGCGAUGAUCUCUGACGGCGUUGGCAGCGGCACCGACGGCUGUUUCCGCCUUCCCCGCCCCUUGCUGCCGCGGACCACGCAGAAGCCAAACCGACGGCUGAAGGCUUGCAGGCCACCUACACAGAGGGAGGGGCAGCAAAAGGACAGACAAGGCAACAGACACACACAGCGUGUGUGUGUGUGUGUGUGUGCGUGUGUCCGUCUUUCUGUCUGUCUAUCUGUCGGCAUUCUGCACACACGUGUCGGUGCAUUGCACCUACCUACACAUUUUACCUUUGACGAUGAGGACUUCUUUCGGCCGCGCUUGCGAUGAGGACAGCCAGUCCAGCAGCCCGCCUACACCACUGCUGCUGCCGCUGCCCUGACUGGCGGUGUCUGACGCAUCAGAAUAGAUCACCACCUGCACACGCAACGCACACAGCUCAGCCAGCCAGAGUUGUCUUAUGCCGACGGAUGGACACCGACAUACAUACCGUUCUCAGUCGGGUGACGUUCCUCAGCCAUUCUCUGAAUUUCGCCUCAUCAGCGCCCUUGUGCGCCCACGGGUGGACGGCCUCCCGGAUGUGAUGCCGCUCAUACGCGUCGCUAAAAUCAGCGCACACCACCAGGUGGGCCCCAGAAAGACUCACAUAAGUGCAUGCAGAGCCGGCCGUCUCCCGCUGACUCAUGUGUCACCUGUCGCGCGCGUCGAAAAAGAUGACCGAGUGGGUGGGCACGUCCUGGAGCAGGCAGUAGGCCAGGGAGGGCGAUAUCAGCUGGUGCUUCUCGCGAGAACCGACGCCCUUUUCCUCUUUCUCGCCACCCAGCAGUGACGCCUGCCUCUGGUGAUGACCAUCGGAUGAUUCAGUGCUGCUGCCACAACCCAUUUUCCUUCACUCUUAAAGCUGAGCUCGCAUCAUGAAGCUAAGCUCGCACCUCGAAGCGGCGUAUGGAUGUGCGAAAAGGCCGGUGAGGACCUUUCCUG